CAGUCCACGCACGGAUAUCCAGAGUUUUAUUCCGAAUGGAAAGAGGGAAGAGUGGAAGAGAAGAGCAGGCAAAAUAGGAGGAAAAACAGGAGGAAGGAAGAAGAGGAGAAAGUGAGCGGAAAACUAAGAAAGCACACACGAAUGGACAAGUGUUUCCCAACUGGAAAGAGAGAGGAGGAAAGUGUGUGAGAGUGUUUGAAAGCGAGAGGCACAAGGAGAGAGUGCGUGCACCUUCGCCACUCUCCACUUCUCCCACCACCAUCAUCUCCUUCAUGUCGCUCCCCGGCUCCCCUCCGCUCCUCUCACCGGGCUCCGGCGCCCCAACUCCCGUCGGGCUCUAUCGUUCAGCUCCGGAGGGGCUCCACACUUCCGCUGCCUCCACCGGCACCCACAGCCCGGCGCACACCAACUCCAACUCGCACUCCCACUCCCACUCGCUGUCCCCGUCCCCGCGGCUCACCAGCAGCAUGCUCAGCGCGUUUCUGCCCGGACCAGGAGGCGCGCUGGCCGGCUUGGGCAACGGCGGCGCCGCGCCUCUUGUGUCCGGUGGCGGUGCUACCGCCCUUGGUUCUCUCAGCGGGCUCGGCUCGCUAAGUGCAGCCGGCCUAACUCCCAGCUCCCCCAGCUUGGUUCAGACAUCGUCCGGCCCGGGUCUAUGUAGCGAGUGCAAGCUGGUGGAGGUGCACGGCGUCAAGGUGGCCAGCUUCAGCGUGGACGGCCAGGAGUUGAUCUGCCUGCCGCAGGUGUUCGACCUCUUCCUGAAGCACCUGGUGGGGGGACUGCACACAGUCUACACCAAGCUGAAGAGGCUGGACAUCACGCCGGUGGUGUGCACCGUGGAGCAGGUGCGCGUCCUGCGGGGGCUCGGUGCCAUCCAGCCCGGCGUCAACCGCUGCAAGCUCAUCUCCAGGAAGGACUUCGAGAUCCUGUACCAGGACUGCACGAGCGCCAGCUCUCGUCCGGGCCGUCCUCCCAAGCGUUGCUCCGGUGCAGGGAUCCAGGAAAGCCCCAGGCUGCUGCACCCGGGACUCCCCGGCCUGCUGUCCCCCAACCUGCUGUCCCACACCGGCCUGACAGCAGCAGCCAUGGCCGAACUCCAAAAGCUACAGAAGAUGAAGAUGAUGAUGAGUCUCCAGAAUGGCAACGAGUCUGACAAUGACGACCUGCACUCCAAUACAGGAGGGAGUGAGUGUUCCUGGGAUAAGGAGCGUCUGACCAGCCCCGCUGCUGGAGCCCACAGCGGAGGACCAGGAGGAGGAGGAGCACCAACAGUGGGAGGAGGAGCUGGAGGAGGAGGUGGCACAGCAGGAGGUCCUGGGAGGGGGCCUGCCUUAGGAGCUGUCAAUCAGCAGCAACUCCAGCAGCAGCAGCAGCAGCUACUGGCUAACAGGUUGGACUUGCCGUUCAUGAUGAUGCCCCACCCUCUGCUGCCCAUGGGGCUGCCGCCUGCAUCUGUUGCCAUGGCAAUGUCCCAGAUGAACCACCUCAGCACCAUUGCCAACAUGGCGGCCGCAGCUCAGCAGAUACACACUCAUGCACACCGCGCACCUGUCAUCAAGGAGAGAGUGUGUGACAGUCCUUCUCUGUCUCCGUCUGUUGAUGAACCCAACACCCCUCUGCAGUCGCAGCCCAGCAGCUCGGCCUCCAGCUCGCCUGAAAGACUGGGACUGGUGUCAGUUGAUGCUGAUGUUGCACUGACCAACUCUGCUGCACCCAUAAAGAAAAUAACAAAGGACAAAGAAGAGUCUUCGCUGGGUCAGACUCUGCCGCCUGGAUUUCCUGCUCCGUUCCUAUUUGCUGACGGCCUGUCGUCCGUGGAGACCCUGCUCACCAACAUACAGGGCCUGUUGAAGGUGGCUGUGGAGAACGCCCGGGCGCAGGACAAACAGAUCCAGGCAGAAAAGAGGGAGCUGAAGAUGGAGCUCUACAGAGAAAGAGAGAUGCGAGAGAGUCUGGAACGACAACUCAACUCUGAGCUUCAGAGCCGAGCCUCCAUCCAGAAGCGUCUGAAGAAGGAGAAGAAGGCAAAGAGGAAGCUGCAGGAGGCGCUGGAGUUUGAGUCGAAGAGAAGAGAGAGAGUGGAGGAUGCCCUGAAACACUCGUCCUCAUCCUCCCCCUCUCCCGAGCCGCUGCAUGCUGCCAACAACAACACCAAGAAUGACGCUGCUGUAGCCGAGGACAAACCCGAACUUAAUGGAAACCAGCAAGACAACGGCUCCGUACAAGAGUCCCGGUCGUUCCUAAAGACCCCCUUGAUGUUCUAGAGAGAGAGACUCCAGCUCCAGAAACCACACCACCCCCUCACCCCAAUCGCUCCUGCACAGAAGGACUCCAGCAGCCUGUUUCCACUGUGGUUCAGAUCAUCACAACGACAAUUUCUCCAGGCGGGAGUCUUUUUUUUUUUUUCUCCAAAUUGACAUUUUGACGUUGCUAGGAAUCAAUGAGACUACUAAGAGACAAACUCCGGUUUUUGACUUACUUUGGAGAUCUCUCUUCACAUUCUCUUUAUCCAUCUUUUUAGACAAAGUUUAUUCAUCCAUUCCUUUUUCUGCUAUUGCUCCAGAAUUUCUUAUCCUCCCCCAGUUUUUUGUAUUUUUUUCCUUAAACUGAACAAUAAAAAAAUCAUUCCUGAGAAAAGGCAACAAAAGGAGGCAUGAAAAGGCAGAUGGAUUGGACAGAUAUUACGGCCACUCCACUUAAACAGAGACUUUUUUAUGAAAUUAAUAUCGUAAAUCAAUUUGAUUGGACAAACUUUCACAAACGGUCCAAUGACGAUGUGAUGCUAUGAGAUAAAGACAAGUUUUGACCUCCCUUUAGAUGAGAUUGAAUCUUCACCUUGGACUUGUUGGCUGUUGACCCCUCCCCCACUGGACAUAAUCAGCCAAUCGAAGGAGCUCAGGACCUGAGGAAUAAAGGGUUGGAAAAAAAAUAAAAAAUUUGUGUAAAAAUAUUGGGAAGAGGUAAAAAAACAAAACAAAACAAACAAAACAAAGAAAAAAAAAUGAUGAAAACAACUUGUGAGGCUAUUCCUGUCUCUCGUGUUUCAUUGACUUUUGUUUUCUGUACAAGGACUGAAAAGAAUGCAUGGGAAAACUUUUUUUUUUUUUUUGUCACUUGACUUAUUUUAACUUUCAUACACUCUUUCCUCCCAACCCUUUCCCUUCUUACCCCCUUAUAAACUUCCCUUCUGUUUUCUUUAUCCUUUACACAGAACUCUUCAAAAUAUUAUCACUUUUUUGCAUGACUUUCCUCACUUGUCCCCCCCCCCCCCAUUUCUACACGUAUUCUUUCUCUUCAUUUUCUCAUUUUCUCUCUGUAAAGGAGGAAAAACUGAAAAUGUUGGAUGCAGCUUUUCAAUGUAUGAAGUAUUUUCUAUAACCCUUAAAUCCUGUGGAAUCAGCUUCUGAAAUGAUGCAAAAGUUUUAAAAAAUUCUUUUUUUUUUUAUUACAACAGAGUGAUUUUUAAAUGCAAUAUUAUCCUAAAGGUACGUUGAAUUCUCCUCCUUGAUGUUGGACCUUUUCACAUUUUGACCCACUCCCGAGUCCAGGAAGAAGUUCUUCAGUUUCUGGUGUUUGUCAAAAUUUAAAGCUGCAGAACAUUUUUACAAACUGUAUAAAAUAUUAACCUAAAAACUAAAUUCUACAGUUUUUUUCUUUGUUGGAUUUGCAAACAAUGAUUGUUUAAGGUGAACAAACGUACUGCAGGUGUAGAUAUCAAGCGCUAUUUCAAACACCAGAAAACUUUUAUUUCCUCCAUUUUCUGACCUUUAAGAGUGCAGACUGUUGUGUUGAAGUUUUGUUUUUAUCCACUGAGUGUUUUGUUUAUUUGUUGAUUACUAUUUGACAUGUGUACGGGGACAUUGAGG